AUGAAUUUUAUUUACAACCAAUAAUCAAUAAUGCUCCUAUUAAGAAAAGAAAAUUAACAUUCUUUGCAAGUGCAACAAUAGGCCUCAUGGCUGCCAAAGAAGAUAUAAUUAACGCAAAGGUUGCUCUCGACAAUAGAUUUUUAGGUCUGCUUUUUCGACAAGGUGCGGACCGCGGCCAAGAUCGCUAUAAAGAAGUAAUACCCGAGACUGUUCCUUUUAGGCAAGAUAAUAUUAUUUCACUUCCACCGCGUUUGCGCGAAAUUGUUGAAAGUAUCCUUGAAAUAACAAAUAAAAUUUGCACUACACACGGAAUUCACGUCCUUUUAGGCUGUUUACCCUAUAUAAACGCGGUUUAUUUCGUGGUGAACGAUAACUUAUUCAUUUGGGAAUACGAUAAAGGAAAUCACGAUAAUGCUAUUGCACACAUUGAUGUACAUCCAUUACAAGAUCAGAUCAUAAAAAGUGUAGGACUUGUUAAACCAAGAGCUGGUCGUUUUAUUGAUAAUGCUCAUUAUGUUCUAGUUAUUGCUACGGAUAAAGCGAUUUACUUGUUUGGUUUCAGUUCAACUCCUGAUGGCAUAGUUUUUCACGAUAUGUCAUCAGACAGAUAUCGAACUGAUUAUAGUAAAAAAGAAAUUGGUUCUAUAACCGGUACAGAGGACGGUCGUAUUUUUCUAAUAGAUGCUGGUGAACUCUGUGAACUUGUUUAUGAGGAUGAAGGUUGGUUUUCAAAACCAUGUAGAUUAGAAAUUCAUUCACAAAGCACUGUCAGUCAACAUUUGAGAUGGAUUUGGCAAACGUCCUAUGCUGCAUUGAAAUUAAUAGGAACAUAUUCAAUUAAUGAUGAUAAAUCGAUGAUGCUUAAAGGACAUUUGGUAUCAAUACAUCCAAUAUUGAAUACUGAUUCUCCCUAUUUCUGGCUUCUCGCGGUGACAAAUACGGGACAUCGUGGAUAUUUUACCUGUUAUAUUGGAAAUAGAGGGUAUAAUUGGUGGCUGUAUUCGGAAACGCCUGCGAUGCUAAAAACAAAAGAACCUAAUGGUUUAUAUAUACUUGAAGUGCAUGAUCCGCCACCUCAAAAUCAGCCACCCAUACCUCAGCAAACUAGACUUGAAUAUCAGAAAUUCCGUUAUUUUCAUGGUAUAUUCUUUGCACAACGUAGAGAGGGUGGUAUAGAAAUGCUGUCUACUACAAACCCCAAUUAUGGCUUAAUGUUUCGUAGAUUUAUUCAAAACCAAGAACCGAUUUUCUCUGAGCAUCAUUAUACUGCACCUCUUCCAAGUAUCUUUGAUAUUCAAGAAAUUUAUGAUCCAUUAUACGACUCUAAAAAAUCUGAUGAAUAUUCAAAUGAAUUGAUAAAUCAGUUUAAUGCUCCACAACGAAAAUUCAUUUUAUAUACUUUAAGUGGGAUUGUUAUUUGGACAAAACAACGACCUGUUGAUUACUUGGAAAAUAUGCUAAAAAAAAGUCAUAAUAGAGAGGCGUUAAAAUCCUUCAUUGAAAACUAUGGACCUGAACAAACUACGGCGAUGUGUUUAUUAAUUGCAAGUAAUGAAAGUCAUGCAUUUAUGCAAACUUUUGCAGCCUCCUAUACUACGAUAUAUGAAGGAUUUGCUUUUUGCUUAGCGAGGAUACUUCGUCCCGUUUGGCGUCAAAAAAUUCUUAAAAUAAGUCCUAGUAAUACCAAUCUAGAUAGGCGAGAUACGAAUAUCCCCGAGCCAAUACUUAAAUGCGUAGUCACUAAGUUAACGAAAUUAAAAGCGUUUUGUGACAGACACCCCAUGUUAAAGUCGCCUCCACAAAUUCUCGGCGAUACUUCAUCUGCACAGAGCGCAUCAUUAAGUUCUUUAUACGAUUUGCUUGUUACGCUCUCUGAUGCAAUAGGUUUCAUAUUGCUUAUGAUUGAAUAUAAUUUACCUGAAACUAUAGCAAAUAUUUCCAAGAGUUCACAACAAGCCGUCUUUCAAUCGACUUACGAACAAUUAGUUACUGUUCAACAGGUUAGAAGCAGUUGGCAUGAUCUGGUACUUGCGAUAAUCAAAAGAGAAAGCGGACCACGAGUUGAUAAUCUUAGUCGCAAUUUAGAAUUACGUUGUCCUACUUUUUGUAAUGCGGCCGAAACAAAAAUGUACCAGGGCUAUGAAGCACUACAGAGAGCUAAGAAUGAAGACGAACAUACGACCAAAGAAGCGUUGCGGAAUUCACUCAACAUAUUUUGUGAGUGUAUCAACAUUUUAACAUACGGAACUUUAAAUAAUCUGUGCCAAGAUUACAAGAAUUUUGGAUUUUAUGAAGGGGCAAUUGAGCUUCUAUUGAAAGCAGCACAGAGCUUUGAUCCAAUACCUGAAAAGCGUAACUCGAUCUUAGAUCUUGUCAUUGAUACUUUACGGGACGCCGGCGUUUUUGCUGAUGGAAUUCAACGUCAUACGCAAUCGUUUAGCCCGGUGCUUCAGAAAGCUCUCAAUUUGGGAACUUCGUUAAACGAUAGAACUUUCCUUUUCGCAGUCUAUGACGAAUUUUUAGGCGCAGACUCAAUUCCACAAUUAUUUCAGCCACCUGCACCAUAUCUCGAGGAAUAUUUGAAUUCAUCUACCGAUCUUACAUCACCAAUUACAAGAAAAAAAUUGGAUUUAUACUGUGAUUUCUGUGUUACACAUCGUCAGUACCUCAAAGCUGCCAAAGUCAAAGAAUGUAUAGCUAAGAAUUCUGCAAGUGGUAUCAACUUGCAAGAACGGUUGCAUUAUUUAAGUCAUGCUGUAGGUCAGGCUGAAAGUGCAAAGGAAUUGAGCGAAACCAGAGAUGUAAUUGAAGCAUUGCAUAAAUACCGCAGUGACCUGGAACUUGCUCAAAUUCAAUUUGAAAUUUAUCGGGAGAUAGAUAACAUUCCUGAUAUCAAAUAUAAUAGUAUAGCUGCAUCAAAAGGAAAACCCGAUAAAGGAACGUUGCUUGCACGCCUCAGUCAACAACUCUUUGACGCACAAGAUCUUUUGAGAGAUUUUGUGAUCCCGUUUGAUUUGGUCGAAAGAGAACUCUCUUUAGUACAUGCUGUAGAAAUUAUACCUAGUCGCGAAGAUUUAAAUCAAAUUUGGAAAAAAAUAAUACAAAAAGCUAGGAAAAGAGCGCAAGAUUCUGGAUCGCUUCAACCAAUAGCUGAGGUAGUGAUAGAAUCUGGACGAAAAUAUUAUCCGCAUGAUCUGCGGGUAUUUCCGAUGGAUGCAAUCGUUAGUGAAAUAGCGACGUAUUUAAUCCCAAGACGUAUUGAUGAUCCUGGCUGUAUUGCGAAAAUUUUGAAGCAAGCGAAUGUCGCGUUUUGUGAUAUCUUUAAUACGUUUCAUAACCUCUUUGCAUUUAGAAUGACACCAUUUAAUACACGAGAGGGAAUAUGUUUAUUAUUAAAAGAAUUAGUGUUUAUUUUAAACCAAUGGAUGAAAUCUGUUGAAGAACGCAUCCAUGGAAUGGUAUCACAAUACUUGACAGCAAUAGAUCAUAACUCACUUGGGCAAAGCUUUUCACACGAAUUUUUAGAAAUUCAAAGGAAACUUGAAACAUUUUCAACAAUCAUGGAGUAUUAA